GGCUGCGCUUCGAGAUAGACAACGUCCACCACCACCGGCAUAAUGCCCCAGCCAACUGCGGCGGCCCGCGCCGUCUUCAAUGCUCUACCCAGGGUAGCCCCGCGGCAAUGCACUGGGCAAUGCACCCGGCUCAUGUCGACAACCCGCAGCGCACCCGCGAAGCGACCGACGGCUCCGAGCCCCGCGAGAUUCCAGUCCCAGCCCUACCAGCCAUUGGUGCAGCGCCGGUUCAAGUACAGCACAGUGGAGGAAGCAAAAAGCCGGUAUAGGUCAGGGCCCUUCUCGUGGAAGGCCGGGCUUCUCUUCAUCGUUACCGGCGCCGGCCUGGUGUGGUAUUUUGAGAACGAAAAGGAUCGGAUGCAACGCAAGAGGAUAGCAGACUCGAACAAGGGCGUAGGCAGGCCCAAGGUGGGCGGGCCGUUCGAAUUGAUCGACCAGGACGGGAACAAGGUGACGGACCGAGACCUGAAGGGCCGGUACUCUCUGGUCUACUUUGGCUUCACCCACUGUCCCGACAUUUGCCCCGAGGAGCUGGACAAGAUGGCGCGCAUGUUUGACCUGGUCGAGCAGCAGCGCCCUGGGGUCAUGACCCCACUCUUUGUCACCUGCGACCCGGCGCGCGACGGCCCCAAGGAGAUGAAGGAAUAUCUGGCCGAGUUCCACCCCAAGUUCAUCGGUUUGACGGGCACAUACGAGCAAAUCAAGGCCAUGUGCAAGGCAUACCGCGUAUACUUUAGCACCCCGAGCGAGGUCAAACCGGGCCAGGACUACCUGGUCGACCACAGCAUCUACUUCUACCUGAUGGAUCCCGAGGGGGACUUCGUCGAGGCCCUUGGGCGGCAACACUCGCCAGACCAGGCCGCCAAGGUCAUAUUAGACCACAUGAAGGAGUGGAAGGGGACGUUGAAAAAGAGCUAAAGCUUCGAAAAGGCAGUAGACGCACUAUACAAGAAAUGUACCAUAUCUCCGCUUGUUUGACCAAGAUAUCCGUGGUGCAUAUGUAUGCGUACCUUUCCU